UGUUGUGGAGGCACAGCCGGGGGUGCCUGCCGGGGGACACGGGGACCGCCAGGGGAACACAGACCCUCCCCGCCACGCCGAGGGGCUGCUGCACAACGACCAGCCACCUCCUGCCCGUGUGUGCCCGAGCCUGCCCUCUGCUGCCUGCCCCAUGGCUGUGGCCACAUCCCAGCUGCAGUGGCUCGUCCUCCUGGCCAGCCUUGUCCCCCCAGCCCACGGCUCCUGGGGUGUCACCUACCCCCGUGAGCUGUGGAGCAUCACGGGCUCCUGCGUGGUGUUUCCCUGCACGCUGAGCUUCCCCGACAGCAUCUCGGCCAGCAAAGGCAUCGUGGCCAUCUGGUACAAGGACUACAGCAACCAAAAGACCGUGGUGUACCACUCGGAGGGCCAGGAGGUGGACGCCAGGUUCUGGGGCCGAGCCCAGCUCCUGGGGGACCCGACUGCUCACAACUGCACCCUGCUGCUGCGGGAGGUGACGCCGGAGGACAGCGGGCCCUAUAAGUUCCGCUUCGAGAUCGUCGAUGGAGACCGGUGGUCGGCGGAGCAGGACGUGGUGCUGAGCGUUUCGGAUGUCCUGGAGCGCCCGAACAUUGCCGCCAGCGAGGAGGUGUCCGAGGGGACGGAGUUCACCUUCCAGUGCUCCACGCCCUACGUCUGCCCGCUGAGCGACGUGGCCCUGCGCUGGGCGGGCUAUGAUGAGCGCGUCUCCUCCGUGUCCGGCCGCGUCCAGCUGGACACCAGCGGGGUCGGCCACCACCUGAGCCUCGUCACCUCCUUCUCCUGGAAGGACCACUCCAGGGCGCUCUUCUGCGAGGUUCUCCACGGCUCCCAGAAGGCGAGCGGGGAGCUGGUCCUGCGGGUGAGACACGCCCCAAAAGGCACCAGGGUGUCGAUCACCCCCUCGACGCAGAACAUCCGCGUGGGGGACACGGUGUCCCUCAGCUGUGUGGUGAACAGCAGCUACCCGCCGGUCUCCGCGUACCAGUGGUACAAGGACGGCGCCGCCGUGGGCAGCGAGCACACCCUGACCCUGCGGGGUGUGCGGCGGGCGGACCACGGGCAGUACCGCUGCGAAGCCCACAACGCCCUCGGGGCCAGUGCGGCGCCCGCUGUGAUGCUCUACGUCUUCUCCGCCGAGAUCUCCGUGAGCCCUGCGGCUGAGGUGCAGGAGGGGACGAGCGCCGAGCUGUCCUGCGACGUGCCCAGCAGGGAGGGCCAGGACCUGAACUACACGUGGUACAAGAACAGCGCCUGGCUGCAGGAGGGCCCCGCGCACACCCUGCUCUUCCACCGCGUGGCCGCCAGCGACGCCGGCUUCUACUCCUGCAAGGUGACCAACGACCGGGGCAGCACCGCGUCCCAGCCCGUCAGCCUGAGCGUGACCUACCCCCCCAGGACCCCCUCCCUGACGCUGCUGCAGGAGCCGCAGGGCGGCGGGCUGGCUGUCGUGCACUGCACGGUGGACAGCCGCCCGCCGGCCACCCUGGCGCUGUACCGCGACGGCAACCUCGUGGCCACCAGCGGCUCGCAGGCGGCCCCCAGCCAGCGGCUCGCCGUCACCGCCGCCCGCAACGCCCUGCGCCUGGAGAUCCGUGGCGUGCGGCCGCAGGACGGCGGGCAGUACCGCUGCACCGCCACCAACGCCCUGGGGAACGCCACCGCCACGCAGCCUUUCGUCACCCACACUGCCAGAGUCCUGAUCCAGCCCUCGGCGGAGGUGCGGGAGGGGGAAGCCGUCACCCUGAGCUGCGAGGUGCUGGGCGACGCGGGGCCGGCCACGUUCGCCUGGUACAGGAACGGCCGGUGGCUGCGGGAGGGCGCGGAGCCGGCGCUGAGCUUCCCGGCCGUCCGCAGCGCCGACGCCGGCGCCUUCCAGUGCCUGGCACAGGGCAGUGGCCACAGCCACACCUCGGCGGCCGUCCCGCUCCGCGUGCUCUUCCCACCCCGGCAGCCAGUGAUGAGCUCCCUCCUGGAGACCCAGGGCGGGCAGCUGGGCAUCAUCCAGUGCACCGUCGAGAGCGACCCGGAGGCCAACCUGACCCUGUGGAGAGGAGACGAGGCACUGGCUUGCACGCAGGGCUGCCCCCCGGCCCCCAGCCCCCGGCUGCAGGCGACGGCCUCGUACAACAGCCUGAGGCUGGAGCUGCGGGACGUGGUGCUGGAGGACGAGGGCACCUACGUGUGCCGGGCCGGGAACACUCAGGGCAGUGCCAGCGCCUCCAUGGCCUUCAAUGCCGAGACUGCCCGCGCCCUGGUGUCCCCGUCCUCCCACGUGCUGGAAGGCAGCGCCGCCAACCUGACCUGCCAGGUGAGCAGCGACUCCCGGACCCUGCCCAACGUCACCUGGUACAGGAACGGGCAGCGGCUCCCCCAGGGCCCCGACGCAUCCCUGGUGCUUCGGCGGGUGGCGAGCGGGGACGCGGGGCUCUACCAUUGCACCGCCGCCACCGAGAGGAGCAGCCGGAGCUCUGCCGCCGUCCUGCUGGAUGUGCUGUACCCCCCGAGGGACCCGCAGCUCACCGCCUUCCUGGAGACACAGCGGGGCCGGCUGGCCAUCUUCGAGGGCUCGGUGGCGAGCAACCCGCCCGCCCAGCUGGCCCUGUACAGGGGCGAGGAGCUGGUGGCCUCCAGCAGCGCAGGGCACAGCACCAACCCGAGGGUCAGCGCCACGGCCGUCCCCAACACCCUCCGGGUGGAGGUCCGGGAUGUCACGCUGGCAGAUGAGGGCACCUACCGCCUCGCCGCCACCAACGCGCACGGCACCGUGUCCCAGCACCUCUACUUCCGUGUGCAGGCCGCCCGCGUCCUCGUCACGCCGUCGGCGGAGGUGCUGGAAGGGGACGACGUCUCCCUGACGUGUGAGGUGCUGGGGGACCUGCAGGCAGAUGCCGUCUUCUCCUGGUACAAGGACAGCAAGCACGUGCAGGACAGCCCCGGCCACAUCCUCGCGCUGCCCCACGUCGCCAGCGAUGCCGCGGGCUCCUACCACUGCAAAGCCCACGGCCCUGCAGGGACCGGUGCCAGCGUCUCCCCGGCCGUCAGCCUGCGCGUCCUCUAUCCCCCCCGGGUGCCGGUGCUGGGCUCCUUCCUGGAGACGCCAGGGGGGCGGCAGGGCGUGCUGCAGUGCCGGGUGGACAGCAGCCCCCCGGCGCAGCUGGAGCUCUUCAAGGACGGCGCGUUGGUGGCCUCCAGCGCGCUGCCAGCGCCCGCCACCUCCCCGCGGCUCAGCGUCACCGUGGCCACCAACAGCCUGCGGGUGAGCAUCGGCGACGUGCUGCUGGAGGACGAGGGCGAGUACGUGUGCGCCGCCAGCAACGCCUACGGCAACGCGAGCACCGCAGCGAACUUCACGGCAGGGACUGCCCGGGUCUGGAUCUCGCCCUCCUCGGACGUCCGUGAAGGGGAUGCCGUGACCCUGACCUGUGCAGUGGACAGCGCCGCCCAGGAGGCUCUGACCUACACCUGGUACAAGAACAAGGUCUGGCUCAGCAGUGGCACGGCCCCGCACAUUGUCUUCCCCAGCGUGAUGGCCGCCGACGCCGCCUCCUACCACUGCGCCGUGCAGAGCCCCGCCGGCACCCGCAGCGUGGCCCCCAGCACCCUCAGCGUCCUCUACCCCCCCCGGAACAUGCAGCUGAAGGCCUUCGCGGAGAGCAGCGGGGGGAGAGCUGUCAUCCUGCUCUGCACCGUCGAGAGCAUCCCCCCGGCCGAGGUCAGCCUGCACAGGGAGGGGCAGCUGGUGGCCUCCAGCACCGCUGCGGCCGCCGGCCAACGCUCGCCCUCUCCCAACGCGCUGCGCCUGGAGCUGCCGGCCGCCGCGGCGCAGGACGAGGGCGAAUACGAGUGCCGGGCACGCAGCCCCCUCGGCAGCACCCGCACAUCCCUGCCUCUCCACGUGCAAGCCGUCAGGGUGGUGGUGCGGCCAGGCACCGAGGUGCACGAGGGCACGGCAGUGACGCUGAGCUGCGAGGACGCGGGCGCCCAGCCGGGCACCGUCUACACCUGGUUCAAGAACGGGCGCUGGGUGCAGGAGGGCCCCGGCGCCGCGCUCCUGCUCCACACCGCGCGCAGCAGCGACGCGGGCGCCUACAGCUGCCAGGCGCGCACGGGGGCGCGCAGCCGCCGGGCCCCCCCCGCAGCCCUGCGGGUGCUGUACGCGCCCCGGGAGCCGUCCUUUGUGUCCCUGGUGGAGCCGUGGGGCGGGCGGCAGGCCGAGCUGCUCUGCACGGUGGACAGCCACCCGCCCGCCGACAUAGUGCUGCUGCGGGGCCGCGCGCCCCUCGCCUCCACCCGGGGCCCCUCCGACCCCCGCGUCUCCGUCCAGGCCGAGCCCAACGCCCUGCGGGUGCGGAUGGCGGCGCUGGGCCCGGGGGACGCGGGGCUCUACGUCUGCUCGGCCAACAACAGCUUCGGCACCGCAACCGCCUCCCUGCUCCUCGCGGCGAGCGGUGUCCGAGUCACGGUGGAGCCCUCACCAGAAGUCCCCGAAGGUGCCACGGCCACCAUGAACUGCUCGGCAGUGCCCUGGGUGGGCGACGAGGCCAACUACACGUGGUACAAGAACAGCCGGUGGCUGCGGGAGGGACCGGCCAGCGCCCUCGUCCUCAGCCCCGUCUCCAGCACCGACGCCGGCUUCUACCACUGCCGGGCGAGCGGCGUGCAGGGCAGCGCGGCCUCGGCCCCGCUCAGCCUCAGCGUGCUCUACGCCCCGCGGGCCGUGGCCGUCAGCACCUUCCUGGAGAACCGCAGCGGGCGCGUGGGCAUCGUGCUGUGUGCGGCCGAUAGCCACCCGCCCGCCGCCCUCGCCCUGUACCGCCGUGGCCACCUCCUGGCCUCCAGCCUGGCCACGGCUUCCACCCCGGGGCUGCGUGCAGCCGCCUCCCGCAACGCGCUGCGCCUGGAGAUCGCGGCCGUGGGGCCCGAGGACUCGGCCGAGUACAGCUGCGUGGCCAGCAACGCGCUGGGCAACGCCACGGCCAGCGCCUACUUCGACACCCGCACACUCUCCCACCUCCUGGUGUUCACCAUCCUGGCCGGGCUGCUCCUCGCCCUGCUCUGCGUGGCUCUCCUGGCCCUCCUGGCCGCGAGGCUGUGGCCCAGGCUGCGGAAGAUUUGGGGCUUGCCACGGGCUGAGGACACCUUCGAGCUGAGCAGGAAGCAGGAGCAGCUGCAGGUGGACGGAGCAUCCUAAGCCGCUGGCUCUUUGGCCCAGGAGCGACUGUAGCAGCUGGAAACCGCACAGCCCCAGAGAGGGGGGCCCAGAGCCACCCUGGGGCAGCCCAGCCCCAUCCUGACAUCCCCUCCAAGCCCCCCCUGCCUCCCUCCCUCCCCUGCUGCACGUGGGCACAGCUCUGUGCUGGGCACAGCGCCCGUGGUGCUCCGGCUGCGCGCGGUGCGCCGCAGUCUGUGGCUGCUCGGAGCUGCCGAAUGCCCAGGACCCCCGCCGGGGGGGGGGCGAGCCUGGUGUCGGCCUCUUGAGCACCACCAUCCUCCCCCCCCCCGACUGAGCCACUGCCCCCGGGGGGCUGCGUGCUACUCACCUGUCUGGAAAUAAAGCACGGAGCAGC